AUGAAGCUUGGAGGCGUCCACCCCAUCAACGAAGACAAACUAAUCCAGAUUAUGAAUAUGGCUCUCGUUAACCAAAGGCCAUGUACUUGGGCUUCUCGCUACGAUCACCUGUCAGGAAGCCACAUUCUCACCGGUGUAGAAUUCAUCAGUCUCCAGGGGCAGCAGGAUAGAGGAUUCGAGGCCGCGGGCGAGGGCAAAAGCGAAACACAGAAUGCGGCGGCGCAUCUCCCUGAAGAUAUUGCACGGGCGCUGCGCGAUAACCAAAAUGUGGAGUCUUCUCUUGAUGCACUUCGGGCUGUUGUGUCGAAGAAAAUGUCAAAUCUUAUUCUUCUGCCAGAGACUGACCUGAAAGCGGAUCAGCCUCUGGGUGACUCUGGGUUGGAUUCUAUGUUGGCUGCUGAGUUUCGGACCUUUAUUUUCCGCAUGUUUGAGGUUGACAUUCCAUUCCUUGUACUUUUGAAGAGGAGUACUACGGUUAACCAUCUGGUCGAUAUGAUUGCCCAAAGUCUGCGAGCCAAUGCUUAG